GAGGCUGCCUGUUAGUGGCAGUGAUGUGACGUCACUGACGCACUUUCUGCGGUAAAACAACCAGCGAAGAAGAACAAGGCGGAAGCAAGUGUCACGUCGCUGAGCAAUAAAGCUACUGUGAUUCUGUUGUUUGUGUAAAAAAAAUGUGUAAGGUUCAAAUACUGAGAGUGUUGAUGGAGCAGCGACUAAAUGCCGCUGUUGAAGAAAUAUUUGGACUGUUUGAAAGAACAAUAACAGAAUACGAGGAGGAACUCUCUCGGACAAAAGAGGAAAACAAGCGUCAACGCCAACAGCUGGAUGCUGCUUUGGAGCACAACGAUGGGUCACACAGAGCAGACAUUCAACAGGUGUUGGUGGAGAGUGAAGAUGAGGUUUCCCCUGAGCAGCAGGAGUGGCGCUCCAGUUUGGGGCGACAGGAGCAAGAGCGCUCCCACAUUAAAGAGGAAAAGGAGGAACUGUGGGAGCAGCUUCAAGAGGCUGACGUCACCACGGUCCCAUUUACUGACGUCCCUGUGAAGAGUGAGGAUGAUGAAGACAAAGCUCAGUCCUCAAAGCUUCAUAACAAAGGGGCGGAGCUUUUAACUCAACACAUGACAACAGAGGGUGAUGUAAACCCCUGUGGAGGAUCACAAGCAGACUACGCACAACCGUCAUAUAUGACUGACAUGAUGUCACACUCUUCUGAGACCGAGGAUGAAGACUUUAAAGGUGAUAUGAGACGUCAGGUUGACAGCAAUCGUUUUGAAUGCUCCGAAUGUGAGCGGACAUUUAACCGUAAGGAAAGCAUGAAGAGACACAUGGUAACGCACACUGGAGAGAGACCUUUCACAUGCUCAGUUUGUGUGAGAAGUUUCUCUUUGAAGCAAUAUUUGGCACGACACAUGAUGAUACACACGGGGGAGAAUCCCUUUUCCUGUUCAGUUUGCAAUAAUAGAUUCCGAGAUAAGUUCAAAUUGAUGGUCCACAUGAGAAAACACGCUGCAGAGAGGCAACGUUUAACUUCCAGCAGCACAACUCGAGAUUAUGGAAUACACUAUGAUGGAUCACAAGCAAGCAGCGGCUUUGCUCCACUGUCAGAUAUGAACGACGUGAUGUCACGCGCUUCUGACCACGAUCACAGCGACAAUGCCAGAGAGCCUUUGGAGAGUAAGAAGGACUCCAAAGGAGAUAUGAGACAUCACACUGACGAUAACCUCAACUGUUCUUUUUGCAAGAAAACGUUUGACAAAAGGUGGAAAUGGAAAAGACACAUGAAGUGUCACACAGCGAAGAAACCAUUCAGCUGCCCGCUGUGCGCCAAGGGAUUCACCCAAAAGUCAGACAUGACCAUACACAUGGCGGUACACACGGGAGAGAAACCGUUUAGCUGUGCUAUUUGCGCCAAAAGCUUCGCCGCAAAGAAAUACAUGGCGAUACACAUGAGGACGCACACGGGCGAGAGACCUUACCCUUGCUCGUGUUGCGCCAAAAGGUUCACCACGAAGCCGCAAAUGGACAGACACAUGAUGAGAAUACACCCGUUCAGCUGCAGCACGUGUAAGAAAUAAUGACAACACGAGAGGGACAGUGACAAACACUAGAUUCUCGACAAGAUUCAGUAGUGUGCAGUAGUGAUGAGCGAAUCAGUACUAAAGUGUUGCAUCCUAACAGUGAGGAUAUUCUGGGUUUUAUCACCCAAAGUCAGCUGGGACAGGCUUUUGUGACAAUUUAUUAUGGUUAUUUGUCGCCUAACUGGGGCGGUAUAGCUCGGUUGGUAGAGUGGCCGUGCCAGCAACUUGAGGGUUCCAGGUUCGAUCUCCGCUUCCACCAUCCUAGUCACUGCCGUUGUGUCCUUGGGCAAAACAUUUUACCCACCUGCUCCCAGUGCCACCCACACUGGUUUAAAUGUAACUUAGAUAUUGGGUUUCACGAUGUAAAAGCGCUUUGAGUCGCUAGAGAAAAGUACUAUAUAAAUAUAAUUCACUUCACAACUUAUUUGUUUUGAAAAUCACCAGAUCUAGUGCUUAAUCCUCCAUAUAAGACUGUGUGUAACAUUAUUUUGGAUGGUAAAAAGUUAAAACUGCAGGUGACCAAAUCUUGAUCAAGUGCAAUGGACAUGUCCUUCCUCCUCACCCUGAAUUACAUCACUGCGUGACAAUUAUUUUAAUCUUGAAGGGUUGUUUUUUUUUUAACUGCUAAUGUAAAUAAAAACGCUUUACUUGUAAGCUAAUAUAAUGUACCCUUAAUAAAGUACAGUUCAUCUACUUUUUGAAAAUGU